AUAACACAGAAUUAUUAAGAAUGUAAGAAAAUGGAUAAAAAGACAUUAAUGUUAUUAGCCGAAUAUUGGAAGGACCCUGUUGCAAAAAUUAGUGUAACAACAACUUUAACGAUAUCAGUUUUGAUUGCCUUAGUUUACAGCACUUUUUCUGCAUGUACUAUCAUCUUUUCUUACAUCUUAGGAUGCAUUGUUUGUGGGCUGAUAAUAUUAUACAAAGAUGUUAUUUUUAAGUACAUUCCACAAUUUUGUACCUUAUUUGGCUAUAGAGAUUUACAGAAACAACCAAUUCUUGGAAAAUUAGUUGAAUGUGAUUUGUGCAACAAUGGCAAAUGUUUGCGGCAUAAACCAAAACCAAUAAAAGAACCAUGGAAUAAUUUGUAUAUACACAGAGAUUUAGAUCAUUCCAUAAAACAACUCUAUGAAAAAAUUCUUGAAAAUUUUGUUAUUGGUUGGUAUCAAGAUGUAUCAAAAGACAAGAGAUUUGAAUAUGCUGUUAAAAAGUCAUUGAAAUAUUCUACAAGUAUUGUACUACGCAGAGUAAAACAGAUUGAUUUUCCCAUACUACUGAUGGAUAAGUUACUUCCGGUGGCCUUAUCUCAUUUAUAUGGAGUUUCAAAAUCAAUGAAAUCUCGAAAACAUAUUGAUAGUAACACUGGAGGAAAUUUUAUGAUCUGUGCCAAACCUUACGUACAGCAUUAUGCUCUAAAGGACAGAAAUACUGAAAUUGAAUAUAUAAGAACAAUAACUGAAAAACUGAUGCCAUUAUUGAUUGAUAAAGAAGAUCACGAAUGUAGAAACUUCAUAUCACUUAUCCGAGAAAUAUUAUCCUGUUGGGUUCUAUUGCCAUUGACUGAUUGCUUAGCUGAUCCAACUAUUAUUAACAAUAUAAUUAUCAGUAUUUUUAGCAAUACUAAGGAAUAUGACGAUGAUUUAAAAAAUAAGCAGGUUCCAUUAUUAAAGGAAUUUUAUAUUAUGCCAAAGCCUUUAACAUUUAUACAAGGAAAAUCUACUCUUGCAUUAUUAUUGAAAAAUCACAGCUUGUUGUAUUGUUUCAUGCAGUAUUUGAAAAGAACAGAUCGAAUAAAUCUAUUACAAUUUUGUUUGCACAUUGAUGAUAUGAAUAAUAUGCUAAUGAGACCAGCACCCACUGGAUUGCCAAAUUCCACAGGAAAUUCAAAAGAUAUCAAACAAAAACAUUUAGAUCGUUUGCAGAAUAGUCUGCAAGCUGUGAUGAAUGUAUAUUUACGUAAUAAUAGCUCUGAUCAGUUAAUGCAAUUUGUUACCAUUUCACCAAAACAUCUGAAAGAUAUUGAAGCCGUAACUAAAAUGGAUCCAGAAAAGGUUGGUCUAGCUACUGUAGCUCCAAUUUAUGAAUUGUAUGAUAAAGUGUUUUCAUACUUGGAUGGUCUACUGAAUGACUUUUAUACAAGCCCUGAGUUUUUGGAAUUAACAUAUGGGCCUAAAAAUCCCAUUGAGGUGUGUAAGACUUCUAUAAACAGUUCCCUUAGACCUCGACAACAUCAAAAUCAAGCUAAUCAAUCUCCAUUACAACUGUCUCAGACUCAAUCUCGUUUGAGCAACAUUUCAACUAAAAUUAAAGGAGCCCUGCGAGGCGGACCAGUAGAUGGUCAACUACUUCCUAACAGCUCUUUUUAUACAAUGGAAUAUACUGGACAUCAGAGUCACUAUCCCAAACUUUCAGAUUACAUUGUAAAAGUGCAUAGUGUGGAAAAUACAAAUGGAUCACAGACAUCAGAAGCUUUAUUUAGAGUGCAUUGUGAAGUGCAGAUAUAUCCUUUGCCAAACUCAAUGCUACCGAAUUAUUCUCCGAAUAAUUUUGUAACACCACACAAUGUAAUGCAAACAGUUAAAGAGAAAUCUUUUCACACAUUAAGAAAUGAAGUGGGAAGCACUGGUGAAUGGGAUGUAUUACCAGAUGUUAGAACUCAUUCACUAGAAGAACGUAGACUAUCUUAUGAAUUAUUUCUCCAGUCAUUGGUUGCUAAUAAAUCAUUGUCUCGCAAACAACAAGAACGUGUUGCAUCAUUUCUCAUGCCACCUACUUCUUCUGGGUUAUUGUGCUCAAAUAUUGAUGGACAGCAUGAUGAAAAUAUCAUUGCUUCUGGAGGAAUGGCCAGUGAUGGAAAUAUUGGGGCUAAUUUAUACCAAUCAGUUGCUCAUAAGUUGAGAAAAGAACGCGGACAGCAUUUGCAAUGCUUUACAAGUGCACUAUUCAAAAGUGUUCAAGAAUAUGGCAGCAACGGUAACUACCCGAGUAAUACAGAAGACAUCAAUGGUAAAAAUGAAAUACUGCGCGAUUCUACACAUGCCAGUGAAAAGAUGAUUAAUAAAAGACUGUCAAAUAAUAGAUUUAGCUUGGUAUUUGGUGAUCAUUUCAGAGAGUCUCAAAGAUUUGAUGGUGAUGAAUAUUUUCACACUUCUAUGCCUUCAGUUGUUAGGGGACCAUCACAAUGUAUUUUGUUCCUAUUGGUGCGUUUGCUGAGUGCGCCGAAAUUUGUAAUACGUGUUGUAUUAGCACUAAGCAAUUUCUUCGGAACAUUUCUUGAUAAGAUAAUUAAUUGCCUAGUACAAAGAAAAAUUGUAGAAUCGAGUGAAAUUUGUGAAAUUGGCUUAGCAAGCUUGAUAAAUAUGCUGACAGAUACAUUGUUUCCUGCAACUAAGCCAGAAAAGAUUGAAAAAUCUGUGGUAGCUUCUAAUAAUGCUUUACUAUGUGAAACUGCAAAGCAAAAACUUCACAAGUUCUCAAAUACAAAAAGGCUUAGUAAAUAUUGGCCUGAAUUGAGCAGAUGCUUACUUGAAAUGCAUCAGGCUUUGCAGCAUCCAACACUCAAUAAACAGGCAGCUUGUGAACAAUCUUCGAAAUUUGACCCAAAAUUCUUUCUCCAGUUUUACAAUGGCAAUCACUUUCCAAGAUUUGGCCUCGGGACAUAUCAGAUGUCUGGCGCAUCAGCAAUUAUCAAACACGCCAUUGAUGUUGGAUAUCGACAUUUCGACUGCGCUCAUGUUUACCAGAACGAAGAGGAAGUUGGGCGUGGAAUUAGAAGCAAAAUUAGAGAUAACAAAGUAAAAAGAGAAGAUUUGUAUAUAACUAGCAAACUUUGGAAUACAUUUCAUCGACCGGAUUUAGUGAGGCCUGCACUAUUGGAAACUUUAAAGAAUUUGAAGUUAGAUUAUCUUGAUUUGUAUUUGAUUCACUGGCCUAUGGGAUAUAAGGAAGGCCGAAGUCUGUUUCCGUUUAUUGAUAAGAAGUUGCAAUUUUCUGACGUCGAUUACUUAGAUACAUGGAAAGAAAUGGAAAUGGCAUAUCAUGAAGGUUUGGCUACUAAUAUUGGAGUUUCUAAUUUUAAUUCAAUGCAAUUGGAGAGGUUAAUAAAACAUAGCAAAGUCAAACCCGUUACUAAUCAGGUUGAAGUACACCCCUAUUUGAAUCAAAAAUGUUUACGGGAAUUUUGUAAAUGCCAUCAAAUCAUAAUUACUGCGUAUAGUCCACUAGGAUCACCAGGAAGGGAGUGGGCAAAGUCUGGAGAUAAAGAAAUCCUUAAAGACCAAUGGAUCACUAAAAGAGCAAAAGAAUUGAAGAAAACUCCUGCUCAACUUAGUUUAAGAUGGAGCUAUCAAUGUGGAAAUAUUGUCAUACCUAAAUCUUCUAACAAAGAGCAUGUUACCAGUAAUUUUAAUAUUUUUGAUUUCGAGUUAAACAAAGACGACAUGGAACAGUUUAACAAAAUGAAUAUAGAUAAUAGGUUGUUUAUGAUAAAAGAAGCCUUUGGACAUGAACAUCAUCCGUUCGAAUGUGCAAAAUUUUAG